AUUUAAUACCCUCUUGACAUUGGACAAUUGACUGAUUAUAUAUAGGACAGACGGUCAAUCGAUAGGGACAGUUUAGGUACUACUUAGUACUUACGAUUAAUGUAAAAAUCGUGACUCCGUACUUUAAAGAUAAGCUCCAAAAGGGCCGAUGGCGCUAACUUAGUGAGGGUGCGGGUGGUGACUAAGCAGGAUGAGGACGGAUUUCGCCCGAAGACUACGACUUUCACCUCAUUCAAAUCCCUCUCAGGCACGCCUGUCCCUGCGCUCCUUGCCAACAACCUUCGUUUUCCUCGGCGGUUUGACGAAAGAUCUUAGGUAUCACAUAGCUAGGUCGCAUACGAUUGUCGGUCAAGUCCUGAGCUAUCGAAGCAGGCCCGAACUUGACUGUUGGAGGUUACCGUCGCAUUAGUUCGUGGCAACCGACCGCUGCGACGGAAACACCCUGCCCUGGUGAUAAGCCAACGACAACACAUCCACAUUACCCGCCGGACGUGAUAGGCCCGCACGUUUGCUUUUUCGUCGAGAAAGGAGAGACCGAGUUGAUUACCUGAUUUGACAAGGCUUGUCUACGAAGUUCUGUCCCAGCGACUAUGUCCAACCAGCAGGUGGGCACGGUGUUCGAUCGUGUCAUCCAAGAAGUCUGCGAUGGUUCUCAGGUAGAUUUCGAGGAGAGCGGAGUGGACCAGCAGACAUUGCUAGAUUUGAGGAAGAGCUGGCAGAAAAAACUCUCGUCCCUGGGUGUCGCUCAUUUCCCUUGGGACCCUCCACCACCUCAGCCAGCCCCUCCUCAGCCUCAGAACCAGAAUCAAAUCCUUCCCCCUAGUGCGACCGUACCCUCUAAUGCUCCACGACCCGCUCCUCCUCAAAACCCUCAACAACAUGUUCCCCCUCCGCAGUCAAUGCCUCAGUCAAUGCCUGGCACCGCGCCUCCGUUACAAGUCCCCACACCGGUCGGGGCAGCACCUAAUGCCAUGGGCCAAGCGCCACACAUCAAGACGGAGCCUGGAAUGAAUGGCCAAACCAGCUUGCCCCCUAUGAGUAACAUGAUGCCUACGAACACUUCAAAUGCCCAGUCGGCGCGAGAACGUGCUGCCAACAUGCUACACCAGAGAUACGGCGCGGCCGCUGCCAACUCGGUCAGUCAGUUGCAAGCCCAGUCGCAAGCUGCCAUGACAAUGCCAGGACAGGCCCGUCCCCAAAAUUUACCACAUGUACCGAAUGGACAGGCGCCACAUAUCAAGCAAGAACCAGGUUACCCUCCUGUUUCUCAACCCCCCUUGAAUAACACACAAACAGACGGUGCCAGUGACGAUGCACUGUCAGCAUGGAAAGCAGAGGUUGCGCGAAGGCGUGAGGCUGCUGAACGUCAGAAUGGGGAAGGCGACAGGGUUCUCCGUGAGCAUCUGAAACAGCGCAUGCUUCAGCUUGAGGGAGGAGGCCUUCUGUUGCCAUUGGAGGAGCGCCAGGAUUCAUCAGGAGCACCUACCCGUGAACUUGCGACAGACGCCGCGGUCCCUUCGGACUCAAGCACCUCGGUAUCGUCUUCCUCUAAAGUAGUCCGAGCUCAAUAUGACGGCCCGGGAGGUGAUGAUGAGAGAGAUGAAGACGAUGAAGAUGCCAUCAACUCUGACCUCGAUGAUCCGGAUGACCUCGUUGCUGAUGACCAUGAAGCGGAAGAUGCCGUCGGCCAAGUCAUGCUCUGCACGUACGACAAGGUCCAGAGGGUGAAGAACAAGUGGAAGUGUACCUUGAAGGACGGUAUUCUGACGACUGGUGGCAAAGAAUAUGUCUUCCACAAAGGUCAGGGCGAAUUCGAGUGGUAGGUCCCCAGUGUUCCUGUCCACCCAUAGCCACACUGUCUGAAAAUCCGGGUUCCCUUUUCUUUCUUUUCAUUUGUCUUAGCCAUGUUCAUUCAUCUUCCCAAUCUGUAAAAACCUUCUCCUAUUUGUCUACCAUUUUCAACCAAGGCAAAUCACAGUACGGACACACGAUGACACCCAAGGGUAGUCGGUGCAAACGGAAAUAACCCUCUCAAUGAUUCUUUUUUAUGAAGUACAUCAGGACGUUUGCGGCACGAGACUUCAUUCUUCUUCAUGUUACCCUUAGUUUGGAUGCACAUGGCGCUUUAUGCAGGGGAUGGCUAUUUUCUUUUCUUCUUUGGUGUACUAGAAUAAUUCUACUUUCAAAUGGGAUUUUUGCUUUGUUGUCGCUACAUCGUGACCAGGUCAGCUGA